CGGAAGAGAGAAAAAAGCUGGCCGCCAAAUCGGCUCUACUUGAAGGCGGGUGCAGCCCAACCUCGGCCGGGGAGAGCUCGAGCUAAGGGCAAUCAACACAUGACCUACUAGAGAGAGAUCUGUACACAAAAUCUAACAAGGGAAAUUUGCUAGAAUCAAGAGUGAUGGAUCCAUGUUCCGUUGGAGUCCAGCUCCGUACCACGAAUGAGUGUCAUAAAACCUACUAUACUCGUCACACAGGUUUCAAGACUUUGCAAGAACUGUCAUCAAAUGAUAUGCUUUUACUUCAACUUAGAACUGGAAUGACACUUUCUGGGAACAACACCAUUUGCUUCCAUCAUGCAAAAAUUUACAUUGACAGAUUUGAGGAUUUGCAGAAGUCAUGUUGUGAUCCAUUUAACAUACACAAAAAACUAGCCAAAAAAAAUUUGCAUGUAAUUGACUUAGAUGAUGCCACUUUUCUGAGUGCAAAAUUUGGAAGACAGCUUGUACCUGGGUGGAAGCUUUGUCCAAAAUGUACACAGAUAAUCAAUGGAAGUGUGGAUGUUGAUUCCGAAGAUCGGCAGAGAAGAAAACCUGAUUCAGAUGGAAGAACUGCUAAAGCUUUGAGGUCAUUGCAAUUUGCAAACCCAGGAAAGCAAACUGAAUUUGCUCCAGAAACUGGUAAAAGAGAAAAAAGAAGGCUCACAAAAAAUGCAACUGCUGGUUCUGACAGACAAGUGAUACCAGCAAAGAGUAAGGUCUACGAUAGCCAGGGCCUGCUGAUUUUCAGUGGAAUGGACCUCUGUGACUGUCUUGAUGAAGACUGUUUAGGAUGUUUCUAUGCUUGUCCAGCCUGUGGUUCCACCAAAUGCGGAGCUGAAUGCCGCUGUGACCGCAAGUGGCUAUACGAACAAAUCGAAAUCGAAGGAGGAGAAAUCAUUCAUAACAAACAUGCGGGAUAAUUUGUGGUAUCAAAUUGUAGGGAAAGAUCCCAUUUCUGUUUCUAAAACUCUGUCACUGUCAGAAGCAUUCUAAAGUUGAUUGCCAAAUGAUGAAAAUUUGAAAACCACCUCAGCAUGCAGUCAUUGUGCACUAGUGUUACACUUAGGGUGCUUUAAGAUUUAUUAUUUGAUAUCAGUUUACAUGGGCUUUUACUCAGCAGUCAGCUUUAAGCCUGUCUGGGUCAAUGUCAACAAGUGGGUAAAGGCAGUCCUCCAUUAGCACAGUUCAAAUUUCACUCCCACAGUAUAUACUGUGACUGGUUACAAGAAGUACAAACUUCCCUGCUGGCUCUUUGUCCAUAAGUCAUUAUGUAACAGAUAUGCCUCCUCAUCAGUAACCAAUCAGUGACCUUCUCUCAGAUCCCUCUAGUGGUUGGUUACCGCAUAUCUGUCAUUCAGUUUGCUCCUAGACAGCAAAGCGUGUGGUUGUCUCGUCUCCAUGUCACCCAUGUGACAUUUUACAAAAGUGGGUCAUCAAAAUAACUGGCCACCAAAGGUAAAAGUGCAGUGAGGAAAUGAAAAACGAUCGUGCUAGAUGUGAGAUUUGCAUUGAAUGUAGAUGGAGUUGUAGGAGAAAUCGCUGAUGGGGAUGUUGACAGUGCUUUUUCUAGAUCCUCCGUAUGCAUCUAGAGGAAGCUCGCAGAGGGAGGCAAUGUAAAUAGGGAAAUUGGCCGUGAUGAGAAGCUUGAAUAUAUGCCAGAAGAUGUGAUAGUAAGAAACUUCACGUUAAAGGAAACUACAGUGAUUUUACAACAUUGAAAGCACAAAAGAGGAGAUGGUAGAAGUGGAUCCAAACUUGAGUAUUUGCAGUGAUAUAGGUCAGAUGCCUAUGUAGUAUCCCAAGUUAGCAAAAAGGCAGACUGCUCUUGAUUAGUUUUUUGCAACGAAAUAAUGCUUUAAUUCUCAGUGCUUCUAAAGCUUUAAAAUGCAGUAUACUAAAAUACUUUCUUAUACAAUGUUUUCAUUUUCUUUUACAUUUAUAACUGACAGUUUUUAAUAUUUUGACAGGUUUUUGGAGGUCACAAAACAUUUUCCCCAUUGAUUAUUAAGCUUGCUUUGAAUGGCCAUUUUUAUGGUCCACCGCUACUGUGUAAGCCAAGGAUUGUAGCUGAGAACAGUGCCUACUUCAGGAAAAGUUAAUUUGGAUAAAACUAGGUGGUUUAGUCUUAAAACUAUCUUGGAAAUAAUCUACAUAUCUAAAUGCUAAAAUUCUUCUAACUACUUACCCUUAAAGAAAAAGUUUUAGCAUUGUAAACCUUUCAUUGUUUAGACCAUACAUUCUUGGUGAAAAUUUGUUCUUGGUGGCAAAGAUCUUAUUAUGUAUAAAGUGUGGAUAUUCAUAUAAUAUUAUAAACAGGGAUACAUGGUAUCUUAAAGUUUUGUAAGGUGGUAAUUAGGAUCCAAGGGGCUAAAAAAAAGGCUUUAAGGAAAUAGUAAUGAAAAGGGAAAAAAGUGGAGAAACAUUGGUAGAGACGGAAUAUAAAUUAUUUGGAAAUUGAUUGAAUCUUGAUGUACUGGUUUUGUAUGGAACUCCUAUGGGUGCUGUUUGGAGAAUGCGAAUGGGUGAUAACUUCUCUGCCCCUUUUUCAAGCAGCUACCUGUCUGUCUAAAAUCUUUUGUCAGCGAGGCCAUUGCCACUAAACUAGGUUUUUGCUUUGUUUUCCCUAAGUUAUAGUACUUCAGUUUAAGAUAAGCUUUUAGUAGUUUCAAAUAUGUUUUAGUCAUUGAAACCAAGUUUAUGCAGCUAGUUUGAUUGGAUUGACCAGUGGAGGUUUAUUUUUAUUUCUGUAUACUUAGGUAUCUGUGUAACAGGUUUUACUUUGAUGGAAUGCCAUUUUGAACCAUGUAUUUUCAUUAAUUUAUAAUUGUCCACUGACCUAGUUAUCAGAACUAUAGUUAGUAUCAAUUCUUUAAUUCACAUUUGAACAGAACACUGGCAAAAAAAUACUUUGGCUUUAUAUACUUAAAUUAGAUGACUAGUUUUUUUUGGAGUUUUUCUUUCUGAAUUAAGGAAAUAUUUUGUUAUAGAAGAUACAGACACUUCUAAUUUUAUCUGAACUUCUGGGUUCAUUAGACCUUAGUUGCAUUACUACCAAUUUUUUUUUUUUCCCCUUUGGUUAUAAGUAAGUAUGACUUAUAUUGCUUAAGCUUUUCAGGGGCACCUGGGUG